GUAUUUAGAGGAAUCAUGCGCUGUCAUAUCUCUAUAGUCUACACUGACAGAACUUCUGAGAGGUGAUGCUUUAUGGUUUUGUCAGUUGAACUGUUUUCCGGUGUGAGUACCUCUGAGCGCAACUUGGUGUUUUCGGUUUUGCUGUGUGGCGCGCGCAGCUUUGAUUAGAUGGUAAAUUCAAAUUCAAAUUUUUAAAUAGCGACUUCCUCUUCUGUCACUCUACAGAGCGUCUUCAAUCUGUCAAGAAAAUCGUCAGCUGCCUCUCGUGCUGUUACAUCAUGUUUAUCUCUGCGCUUUAGUAUCUUAGUUUGGACUUUUCCACAGAGACCAGAAGGCAUCUAAAGGGGAUUAUGCACGUUGUCUGAAUAGGUUCGCUUGUACAAAUAUUUACAGACCCAUAUUUGGGUAUAAUAGUAAUAAAAAACUGUGAGAAGACAAAUUGAAGAUCAGCUGAGGGCCCAAAGAGGAUCAGAACUAAAAAUGCCAAAUCAACAGUCUCCUGUAUGAUUAAAUCGGGCCAUGUCAAAGAAUCUAAGGAGUGUGCAGACAGAGAACAGUGAGAUGCACAUACAUAGAGAGACAGAGAAGCAGUUGCAGGUUCACCUGGGAAGCCUUGUUGUUGGUGAAGAGAGGACAUGACCCAGUCCUGGCCUUACCAGCAGCCCCCAGGGGAAGGGGGCACUCAGCAUUUCCUGUACUCAAACACAAAGGAGGGAAAACAGCCCAAUUCACGACACAGACAUGUGAGGGAUGGUGUCUCUAUGAGGAUGCCCUCACGUCCACUCGUGGCCCCUCAUAAAUCCAUGCUCGCUGAUGACCUGAAACUCAGCAGUGACGAAGAUGACAAGGACGAGGGAAGUGAGCAAACAACUUCUUGGGCUGAUAAUGACCGCUUGUCAGGCCAGCAGCAGCACCGCACACACACACAUGUCGGAAGAGUGAGACAUUCUAGCUCAGGGUCUUCAGGCUCAGACCCUUCCAGCGAGUGGGAAAGCAGCAGUCAGCGGUCACACAGCCCGAGCCCAAGGACACACAACCGGUGCGGGACAUCACCCCAACAGCGGACCCUAAACUGCAGUACAGAGACGGAAAGUCCACCAUCCACACAGUGGCAGCUGGACAGGUGGCUUGAGAAAGUCCCUAAAAAUCAUCAUUCAGCUGACCACGACCCAGGUGGAGGACAGCGACAAAGUGCAAAAUCUGACUGUGGCCGAGGACCAUCACCUGGAAGAUACUGGAGCAGAGACUCUGAGUCCAGACGGGAUUACAGUCCAUGUGAAAGUCCGGUCCCAAGUCCAAAAUUUGACUACAGCCCCAGAAACAGUCCUGAGCCCAGCCCAGAAUACAGUCCAUGCCCCAGUCCAGGAAUUAGCCUGUUGCCGAGCCCAGUGCCAAGUGUGUGUCCAAGUCCAGGAGACAGCCUCCAAGGGAGUCGAAGUCCCAGCCCUCUACCUUUACACCCUCCCAGAAGCCCCAGUCCAAGUCUUUCAUCCACAGCAGUACCUAGCCAAGGUACAUAUCCUCAGGUACAGCCACCUCAAAAAAAAAGUCUCAGGCAUAUUGCAAGGCCAAACGUUACCUCUAAUCCAGCACAUCGUCCUAAAGUAAGGCCAUGGGUGCCUCCGGACCAUAGUGCCGACCAGACAAAGGAGUUUAGACCCAAAGACUCUAGAUCCAGAGACUCUCGUUCCAAAGACUCCAGACCUGGUCCUCCCCAACAACCCAAUCAUUCCAAACACAGCUCAACAGAAAAGUCACACAAAGAUCUCACACACAAGCUUGAAGCCAAAAACUCUGAAACCACAUGCAAGCAAAGGUUUAACUCACCUUCAAACCCUAUUUCAAAGCAUUCGUCAAAGCAAAGACCAAGCGUUAGCCCAAAACCACAAGCCAGGCACUCAUCUACAACUGACCAUAGUAUUGAACAUAAUCACAGAAGCAAUGAACCUACAGGGGUGUCAAUCCACAAUUCACACCCCAAAUCAGGCCAUUCAUCUCAUUUUAAUAAUCUAAAGAGUUCUGAACGGGGUCCCUCGUCAAAGUCCAGGGACUCGUCCCGGAGCGAAGUCAACAGUCGAUCUAGUCACAGCUUGAAGACUAAAUCUUUCCCGGAUACAAAGCAGUCCAGCUCUAAACAGACUUCCCAACAGAGUUCCAGCCCAAAGCCCAAGGUCAAAUUAGGGGAUGCCCCAGUGCCCGGAACCAGGCCUUCCCAAAAAGACCCGAAGCCAAAAGAGAGAGAGCGAGAGGUGGACAACCGAGGUAAGGCCAAGGGAGCAACCCUGGUGCAGACCAGCAAGGAGCAGAGACAAAGACUGGCGGAGGAGCAAGUUAUAAGACGUCGCUGGGUUCUGAGUUCUGAGGAAGAGGAAGACGAGGAAGAUAGGAGAACUGAGGAAGGGGAAAGAGAGAGGAAGCGGAGAAGGAGGAGGGAGCAGGAAGUUGAAUGGAAGUCAGUGCAGCCCAAACAAAGACCUCACACCAACAGCCAGCAUCACACUCAAAAGCAAUACAAUGGACUUAACCUUGAAGAGCAGAGGAGGAAGAAGAGAAGGUGGAGCAAUGAGGACAUUUCCUCAGGUCCUUACGUGACAGACACUAGACUUUCUCCACCACUUUCUCCACCUUCCCCUACUCCUGUCAUCAAGCCCACUCAUCCGUCAUCUUCCUCAUCCUCAUCCUCCUCCUCAUCAUCAUCGUCCUCAUCAUCUUCCUCUGAAUCAGACUCUGAGUCCAGUCCACCCCGGAAUGUUGCCAAAGUCCCUGCAGAUUCAACAUCAAACCAAAAAACUGUGUCGAAAAGGAGACAUGACAAACAGACUUCUGGCACUGGUGCUCACCCCCACGGGUCAAGCUUAAGCACCCCUGAGACAGAUAAACAAGGUCGGGGCAGACACAAACUCUACACACUGGUGCCUUUCGGUCGAUCUGAAAAAUCCCCCAAUGUCGCACAUAGAGGCCUGAGAAAACUUGUUGUGAGGAUAGACCUCUCGCUUCUGGGUAGACUCCCUAGUGCAGAUGAGAUUACUGAAAGACAGUCCUCAUCUUCAGCUUUGUCAUUGGGAAAGGCGAAAGAAAAGACUUCAAUGAAAGACCUGCACCACUUGGACCAACUGCCUGAAGAUGGCAGAAGUAAAAGAAAAGCUGAAAAUGUAGAUGCUCAGAGAGAGAAUAAGAGAAAUCAAUCACGUGCAGAUAAACUACCAGUGUCAGUCCAUAAUGAGACUGAGGAAACCUUCAACAAGCAAAAUGGAUGUCAAGAAGAUUACUUUUAUUCCAAGAGGCCAGUGUCCCCAUUGUCUCCUCCAUCUGGCAUACUGGAGCUCGCAAAAACCACAGUGAAAACUCAGCAUGCUGAGAAGUACCACACACCUCCAGAAAAAGACAAAGAUUCAACAGCACAGAAAAGACAGGACCAGAAGACGCAGCCCAAGGUAGAGGUGGAGUGUGUCAGGGUGUCAGGACACCUACAGUCUCUCUCUGGUUCGCUGGUUCCUCCCUCGAACCUUCCGCUCCACUACAGAGGAACCGUACCUAUCAGUGAUGUCUCUCAUCAUGCUGAAUACUACUUGCAUGAGGCCAAGAGGUUGAAACAUCGAGCAGACGCAAUGGUGGAUAAGUUAGGAAAAGCUGUGAAUUAUGUGGAUGCUGCUUUGUCUUUCAUGGAGUGUGGUAAAGCCAUGGAAGAGGGACCGCUGGAGUCCAAGUCCCCCUACACCAUGUAUGCUGAAACUGUGGAGCUCAUAAGAUAUGCUAUGAGACUUAAGAGUCACGCCGGACCUGGAGCCAGCCAGGAAGACAAACAGCUAGCUGUACUAUGUUUCCGCUGUCUUGCUCUUCUUUAUUGGCAAAUGUUUCGCCUUAAAAAGGAUAACGCUCUAAAAUACUCCAAAGUCCUGCUGGACUACUUCAAAAGUUCUCCAAAAGGACCUCACAAACCCCCUCCUUGGAACGAUGCUGGAAAGGGAACUGUACCUCCUGCUUCCAUUUGCUCCGUUAAUAUAAUGGGGUCUCACACAGGCAGCUCACAGAGCAGUGUCAUCAGCAUUCCCCAUCGUAUCCACCAGAUGGCAGCAAAUCACCUCAACAUCACCAACAGUGUCCUGUACAGUUACGAGUACUGGGAGGUGGCUGAUACUCUGGCCAGAGAAAAUAAGGAAUUUUUCAACUAUCUGAACACACUGACUGGGCCUUUGACCCUGCAUAGCAGCAUGGCCCAUAUCGUCCAGUACACCAGGCAAGGGCUGCAGUGGAUCCGGAUCAGUGCUAACCUAUCAUAAUACCAUGCACAGACAUUCACAAACUUCACAAAUCACUUGUUUUGCCAAAUGAGCAAAACAUUUUACAGUGACCCUGCACUCUGUGACCAAGGAGUCUGGUUUUGGAUCAAGACAGUAAUGAAGUUUGUCUGCCAGACAUCAUGUCCUCAUUGGGUAUUAAGGAAUGGACAUACCUGUGUUACGUCACCUUCCUGAGCAUUAAAUGUCAAGAUAUUUCAGGAUACGUGUCAGAAACAAUUAUGUUUUCUUUAAUGCUAUCAGGCUGGUCAAAUCAAAAGAACAUUGGUCAUUCAAUUCUUAGCAUCAAGGUUUGAAAAGGAACCAUUGUUGGCUAAGUCAUCAAGUGCUGCUUUUCUAAAAUGUGCCACAUUUUUAUAUAAGCAAUUAAUUUUUAAAGGGUUUUAUUUUCUGUAUGUAAAUACAUUGCCGUUACAAAUCUCUUUACUGGUUUAAAAUAGUUUUUGUAUGAUGGGUUGCAUCAUCUAACUUAAGUAAAAACAUUUUUUAAGAGCCUUUCCUAACUUCUUAUAUCAAAAUCUGUGCAUGAAAAAAUCUCUUUAAGAUCUCUGAAUGUGAUUUUUUUCUAUGUGCAAUAAGUCUGAGAUUUUUACAUCAUAUCAAUAGCCAGCAUACAGCCAUGACUUCUGAUGACAUUGUGUUAAGUUGUUGUAAAGUUUAUACUGAAAGAAAGGAAAAAAACAUAAUCAGGACUUUUGUUAAUUAAAUUGUUUUUACAGGAGAUUGUAGUUGUGUUGAUCAUAUGUUGUUGAUGAUGAUGACGAUGAUGAUGAUGAUGACCAACAUCAAUCCAUUGGUGGAAAAUGUAAAAAAUUUUCAGACCUUAGCAUAAGAUCCCUGAAAAACAAGAUUUAUAUUUUAAAACAACAUGCAAAUCAGACUUAACCUACAAAUGAAUAUAGACUUCACACAUUCUAGUGAAAGCUUUUAUGGAUACCAUUUUAUCAAAACCUAAGGAAAUAAAAGCAGGAAUGUCCUCACAUAGUAACUUUA